AAGCAGGAAAAAUGAAUGCAUAAAAUAAUUCAAGGGUAAUUUUGUAAAUAUAAUUUUUAAUAAUAUCCUGCCUCUUCAAUCAGUCUACAGUUCCACCGCUUCCCUCCUCCACCGGUACAUUCUCGCUCGGUCCUUUCUGCUUCUGUCAUUCUCUCUCUAAAAGAUUCUGCCUUCUCUCUAAAAGUCGUCUCUCUCCUCCUUCCGCCAUACCCAAGCUUUUCUCUGUCGGUUUGCUUUCUUGAUUUCCGCUUUUCCCUUUUGCUCCCUGCUGCAGAUCAGCAGCUGCACUGCUGUUCUUCCUCUCCUCCUCCUUAGUUCUUCCACUCCAAAAACUUCAUUUCAUCGUAACUUUUUCAUACGGCAACGAAAUCGCGCAAGGUCGGAGCCUAUAGAUUCGUAUCAGAACCUCUUCCAUCUGAUAUGACACCCACACCUCAAAAUCAACUGUGCUCAAAGAUUCGAUCCUAGAACAGUGACGGUUUUUUGGCGGAGUUUUGCUGAUUCCGCCCAAUCCCGCCGGAAUUUGGUCUCGGCCCAAGAGAGAAAGUUGAUCCUCUCCUGACGAUCUUUCUACCUAUACUUGAGUAAAGGAAGAACCCAGAAGCGAUAUGUUCACUGUUCAGCAGCUAAUAGUUUUUAUUCAUUUGGAUACCGCCAUGACAGCCCAUGAAGCCUCCGCUUCGUCCUCCUCCAAGUCAAAACUUUGGAAUUACGACUUGUUCUUGAGCUUCAGAGGUGAAGACACGCGCAACGGCUUCACAGGCCACCUGCACGCGGCAUUUAAAGACAGGGGAUACCAGGCUUAUAUGGAUGAGGACGAUCUAAAAAGAGGGGAAGAAAUAAAAGAGGAACUGUUCCGGGAAAUUGAAGGGUCGAGGAUCUCCAUCAUCGUCUUCUCAAAGAGGUAUGCGGAUUCAAGUUGGUGUCUUGACGAGCUGGUGAAGAUCAUGGAGUGCAGAUCCAAACUGGGGCGACAUGUUUUGCCAAUAUUCUAUCAUGUUGAUCCUUCACAUGUCAGGAAGCAGGAUGGAGAUUUAGCCAAAGCAUUUCAGAAGCACAAAAAGAGCAUCAGUAAAGUAAAAGAUGGCACGAAACGUGAAGCUAAACGAGAAAGUGUAAAGCAGUGGAGAAAGGCUCUUACAGAAGCUGCAAACUUGUCUGGCCACCAUAUCACUGAUAAUGGGCGCGAAGCAGAGUUUAUUAGAGAAAUUGUUGACAAGAUUAUUACGGAAUGGCUUCCGAGCACAAACGAACUAGAUGUGGCCAAGUACCCGGUUGGAAUCAAUUCUCGCAUUCAUGAUAUUAUCAGUCAUCUUUCAAGUGGUGGAUCAAAUGUUCUCAUGGUUGGAAUUUGGGGUAUGGGGGGAUUGGGUAAAACAACAGCUGCCAAAGCUAUUUAUAACCAAAUUCAUCACAUGUUCCAAUUCAAAAGUUUCCUUCACGAUGUUAGCAACACUGCAAAUAAACAUGAUCUAGUUUAUUUGCAAAAAAAAAUUAUUUCUGACAUCUUGAAAAAGGAGUUUGACAUAAGCAGUGUUGCUGAAGGUAUCAGUCGGAUAAAAGAUCAAUUUUCACAUAGAAGGGUACUUGUCAUCAUGGACAACAUAGAUGGAGUGGACCAACUGAAUGCAAUAGCUGGAAAUCACAAUUGGUUUGGUCCUGGAAGUAGAAUUAUAAUAACGACACGAGAUGAACAUUUACUAAAGCAAGGGAAAGUGAAUAAGACAUAUCUGGCCCAGGAAUUGAAUAAAGAAGAAGCUCUGGAGCUCUUGAGUUGGCAUGCCUUUGAAAAUCGACGGCCUAAAGAAGAAGGAUAUCUCGAACUCUCAAAAAAGGUUGUUUCUUACUGUGGAGGUUUGCCACUAGCCCUUGAAGUUUUAGGUUCUUUUUUGUUUACAAGACCCAUAGAAGAGUGGCAAAGCCAAUUGGACAAAUUGAAAGGAACUCCUAAAGGAGAAAAUAAACAACUAAGAAUAAGCUUCGAAGGGCUAGAUAAUACACAAAAGGCUAUAUUCCUGGACAUAUCUUGUUUCUUUAUUAGAAAGGACAAGGACUAUGUUGCAAAAGUAUUAGAUGGAUGUGGAUUUUCUGCAACAAUAGGAAUCAGUGUCCUUCGUGAACGAUGCCUUGUAACCGUUGAGCAGAACAAGUUGAAUAUGCAUGACUUGCUUCGAGAAAUGGCCAGAGUAAUCAUUUCUGAAAAAUCCCCUGGUCACCCUGAAAAAUGGAGUAGGUUGUGGGAUGAUCGAGAUGUCAUCAAUGUGUUGACAAAUAAAUCUGGAACUGAAGAAGUUGAAGGACUUGCUCUACAUUUGCCUUAUGGUUAUGGCAAUGCUAGUUUCAGUACAAAAGCAUUUGCCAAUAUGAAAAAACUGAGAUUGCUUCAGCUCAACAAAGUAAAGCUCAAAGGAGAAUACAAACAUCUUCCCAAAGAGUUAAUAUGGUUGAGUUGGGAAAAAUGCCCUUUAAAGUCCAUACCAGAUGACUUUUUUAAUCAAGAUAAACUAGUUGUUUUAGAGAUGCGGUUAAGCAAACUGGUACAAGUUUGGGAGGGUUCCAAGUCGCUACAUAACUUGAAAACCCUUGAUCUCAGCUAUUCCCCUUCCUUACAGAAAUCACCGGACUUUUCACAAGUCCCAAAUCUUGAAGAGUUGAUAUUGGUAUGGUGUAAGAGUUUGUCCGAGAUUCACCCCUCCAUUGGUCAUCUUAAAAGACUUUCUUUGGUGAACCUUAGAGACUGUAAAAGGCUUAUUUCUCUUCCAAGGGAUUUCUAUAAAUUGAAAUCUGUUGAGACUCUUCUUCUUAAUGGAUGUUCAAAAUUCAGAGAACUGCAUGAGGAUAUAGGGGAGAUGACAUCACUGAGAACACUUGAAGCAGAGCAAACAACCAUAAGAGAAGUACCACCUUCCAUAGUAAGAUUGAAGAAUCUCACUCGUUUAUCCCUAUCAGGUCUGGAAAGUAUUCAUUAGCCACAUUCGAUACACGACUUAACCUCUUUAAGGGAAUUAGAUCUCUCAUGUUGCGGAUUAGCUGAUAAUGAAAUCCCUAAGGAUCUUGGGAGUCUAAUUUCUUUACAAGUUUUGGAUCUUUCACGGAAUGAUUUUCAUACCCUACCCUGUCUUAGUGGUCUUUCAGAGCUUGAAACUAUGCGGUUAGAUAAAUGCUUUAACCUUCGUACAAUCCCUGAUAUACCACCAAAUGUGAAAGUUCAGCAUGAGCAAUAUCCUGAGGUCGAUGCGUGCAAUGUUAUGUAGGCAGAGAAGAUUGGGAGAAGCUUUUACUUUGGAGUUUGAGGUUCUCUGGGGCUCUUGAAGCAGAUUCUACAGCCAUAAGACAAGUACCACCUUCCUUCCAUAGUAGGAUUGAAGAAUCUCACUUUUAUCUCUUGAGUUCUGUGCCUGGUCAUUUGCCCAAAUUACCUGAUGAUGCAAUCCCUAAGGAACUUGGAGGGAAUGAUGUUCAUACCCUACCCAGCCUCAGUAGCCUUUCAAAGCUUGGAGGGAAUGGAUGCAUAUAUCUUCAUACAAUCCGUGAUUUACCUAGAAGUUUGAAAUUUAUGUAUGCCGUUGAUUGCCCUGCAUUGGAAACAAUGCCCAAUUUUUCGGAAAUGUCAAAUAUGAGAGAACUGGAAGCAAGUGAUUCUCCCAAAUUUCUUGUAGAAAUGCUUAGAUGUACCCGAAUCAAUUGUUUGAUCUUCUUAUCACAUUACUUGGAAGCUCAAGCAGAGAAAUAAAGCUCUACUCACACCCAAAUUUCAAACAAA